AUGUGCUCUUCCCAUUCGCUGCCAAGCCCAGCACCUCCGCGCGCCGACAUCACAGCUUCAACACCACGCCCUCGCGCCCUCACCACCCUAGUCCCACCCCGCAAGCCGCGCGAAACACCCCCACAACCGUCAACAUGGCCGGCGGACACGAAGGCACGCCUAACCCGCCCCCGAGAAGCUGCGCCGAGCGCUCAAUGGCGGGCAAUGGCUAACACAAGAACAGCCCUCCACAAGGAUCCCGCGAUCAUAAAAUGGAACAACAUGGUUGUGAACCGCCACAAGUACUUCCGCUGGACGAAGCGCACUGCGUUCCUGACCACCAUGUAUGUCGUCGUUGUCCCUGCGACACUGGGCUACUUCGGCUACAUCACAGAUGGCAAGUGGAACCUCCGCGGCAAGAGGAGGGGAGACACCAUCUCCGAGUUUUAGAGAGUGCUCGAGAGAAAAGAGGGAGAGGGAGAUGCUGGUGUAUUUAUCAUACGGCAAUGCACGGCGAUUGAGCCAGCUGCAGGAAUUUGAACAAUGGAUGUUUUUUGCUACUGUC